GAGAGGAAGGAGGCUGGCAAAGGUGCGCGUAGCCACCUCGCUAGGUGUGGGUCUUGAGGGAACUUCUGUCUCCUUUCAAGUGGCACAGAAUGUGGACCUGUAUACAGGGAACCCCAACCUGGGGCUGGAGCUGUUUGAGGCAGCUGGAGACAUCUUCAAUGGGGCCUGGGAGCAGGAGGAAGGCAUGUCCUACCAGGACCAGGCCCUGCCCCUGGCAGUGACUACGGGCAACCGCAAGGCGGAGCUGCAGCUACAGCUGUGCAACAAGCUGGUGGCACUCCUGGCCACGCUGGAGAAGCCCCAGGAGGGCUUGGAGUUUGCCUACAUGGCCCUAGCACUCAGCAUCACACUGGGUAAGUCCCCUGAGUCCCCACCCUGCCAGGACCCACACUUUGCCAGAGCCCAGCCUCCAGGUCUGCAGGGCAGGAGCUGAAACAGCUGCUGGAUUUUCCUGGUCUCCUGUCCAGGCAGGCAGAUCUGCCCAACUGGCUUCCCCGUCCGGCUGUGGGGCACAGCCCGAGGUCUCUCACGCAGUGCAGAGCUCCCUGACUCACUGAGCUCUGCUUCCUCUGCCUGUUCCCGCUGCUGACCACAAGGGCCGCCCAGUGUGCCCUCUGCCUUCCAGACAUGCCAGGCAACUCGUUGGUCCCUGUAUGUGCCAGGCUGAGUGACACAGUCCCUUUCUCUUGUGCCCUUCCCACCCUCAUCAACCACACGGAUCUCUGGCUGAUAAAAUCCCAGUUCCCCUUCCAGCAGUCUGCCCCUUAAGGCCGGGCAUCCCCUGGUGCUGUGCCAGGGUCAUGUGUCCCCCUCCAGAGACAGGGAACCCUAGGCAGGCCACAUGCCCCAGCACCUUGUGCCCCGUGGCCCAGUACACAGUAGGUGUGCAGCUGACUCCCCAAUGUAGGGGGCUGUGAUCGUGCCACACCGAGGAGGAGUCGGAUGUCACGUCUGUGGGUUGCCUGGAGCUGGGGAGCCCGGGAGCACCUGGACAGCAUGGCUUUUGGGCUCCCCUGGUUAAAACCAGUGAGCAAAGGCAGGUGGCUAUGUG